AUGCUAGAGGUUAUACUGUGGUUCAGGCAGAUUGUUAUGUUGAGGCUUAACAGGGUUGUGUAUGAACUUGAGCAGGUUAUGAGUCUUCUUUGCUUUGUGACAGGUUCAGCAUGUUUAGGUUAUGACAGCUAUGAGGUUUUGACAGUAGGUGGUGUUUCUGGUUUAAGGUUAGGCUUCAGCAGGUUGAUGAGGUUUGAUAUAUGGUUACAGCUUGUAGGUUAUAUGUUUGUGACAGGUUUUUAUGUUGAGGCAGGGUUGUGUAUGAACUUGAGCAGGAUAUUGGGUUGUUUUUGGUUUGAACAGGACAGUAAUGUGAGGCUUCAGGCUUUCUGA